AUGUACCGCCAAGUGUUAGUGCAUCCUGAUGAUGCGAUUUACCAAAAAAUCUUAUUUCGGUCGAACCCCGAUGCUGAGUUGAAUGAGUAUAUUUUAAACACAGUCACCUAUGGUACCUCUUGUGCUCCGUUUCUUGCCAUUCGAACCCUACAUCACUUAGCCGAUAAUCAAGUAGAGCAACACCCAUCCGCGCCUCUUUUGAAACGAGACUUUUAUGUGGAUAAUUUGUUAACCGGUGCCAAUACGCCACAGGAAGCAAGGACCAUACGCGAUGAUCUCAUCCAGCUUUUAAAAAGGGGUGGUUUCACGCUUCGCAAAUGGGCUUCUAACGAACUCUCGCUAAUAUCGGACGAUGUAUGCAAUUUCAGUGGCAUUCACAUGUCCCUUGAUCCCGAUUCGGCGAUCAAAACUCUUGGCUUGAGAUGGGACUGUCGCAGAGAUACUAUGUGUUAUUCGAUUGAUCUAUCAAACAGCAGAUCUAAGCCAACAAAACGAACAAUUUUGUCGCAAAUGUCAAAAUUAUUCGAUCCGCUUGGCCUGUUAGGUCCGGUCAUUUUAAAAGCCAAAUUGAUGGUUCAGUUCUUAUGGAAGUUGGGAGUGUCAUGGGACGACCGACCGAUCCUCGUUGCAGAUUAUGUAAAAGCAGAGCUGCACGGAUUUUGUGACGCGAGUGAGGAGGCAUAUGGUGCUUGCGUUUAUAUUCUAUCGGUUGAUUCGCACCAUUCAAAAAACAUCUCUCUCGUAUGUUCAAAGUCUAGAGUCGCUCCCAUUAAACCGUUGACGUUACCUCGCUUCGAACUGUGUGCAGCACUUCUCCUUGCUCGCCUAAUUAAUACAGUAAGGAAUGCUCUUUAUGUUAAUUUCGAGAGGAUUGUCUUAUGGUCGGACUCUACUAUAGCACUCAGUUGGAUAAACAGUGAGCCUCGCAAGUUAAAAACUUUCGUCUGUAACCGUGUUACAGAAAUUCAAGAUUUGACAGCAAAUUGUGAAUGGCGACACGUAUCCUCGGCAGACAAUCCAGCCGACUUAGUAUCGAGAGGUCAAUUACCUCAAGAAUUCAUAAUCUCAUCGCUUUGGAAAAACGUUCCGGAAUGGCUGUGA